CCCCGGGGUGCUGGGCUGGCUUCCUGCACACCUCAGCCAGACACGGAGCGAGCGGCGCCACGGGGCCACGUCCCAGCCACGUCCCUGGCGCUGAGCACGGCAGUGGGAAGGGGGGAGCGCCAUGGGGUUGCCCGGCAGCCGGUGAGGAUGGAGGUGCUGUGCCUGCUCGUGGCGGCUCUCUGUGCCGCGGCUCCCAGACCAGCCCCAGCGGAGCCAAGGGGGGCCCCCACCAGGGCAAAGAGCGGCGCGGCUGGGAAUGCUUCAGUGGAACCAGGUCCCCCCGUUGAGGACAUGCUGCGCCUGGCUGGCGGCAGCGACCACUGCGAGGGCACGGUGCAGGUGCUGCAGGGGGGCCGCUGGCUGCCCGUGUGCCAGCGGUCCUGGCACACCGCAGCCUCCCAGGAGCUCUGCCACCGCCUGCACUGCGGGGAUACCGAGGAGGACGCCAUGCCGCCGAGCCUGCUGGGGGAAGGGGACAGCACCGAUGGCUGCCCCGUGGUCAUGGCCAACUGCAGCGGCUGGGGGCUGGAGCCGUGCUGGCUGCGCUUGGCCACCGAGCCAGGCUGCUGCGCCGCGGGGCCGGCUCGCGUCACCUGCACGGGUGCCCCAGCACUGCGGCUGGCGGGCGGCCGGAGCCGCUGCGAGGGCCGCGUGGAGCUGCGGCAGGCGGGCGUCUGGGGCACGGUGUGCGAUGACGGCUGGGACCUGGCCGACGCCGCGGUGGUGUGCCGGCAGCUGGGCUGCGGCUGGGCCCUGCACGCCCGCGGCGACGCCUCCUUCGGCAGGGGCAGCGGGCCCAUCUUGCGGGACGAGGUGAGCUGCGGCGGGCACGAGCAGCGGCUCUGGGAGUGCCCGGCCACGGGCGAGCACGACUGCCAUCACAAAGAGGACGCCGGCGUGGUGUGCUCCGAGCACCAGGAGUGGCGGCUCUCUGGGGGCCGUGACGGCUGCGCGGGGCGCGUGGAGGUGUUUUUCCGUGGGACGUGGAGCACGGUGUGCGACAACUCCUGGUACCAGGUGGAGGCAGCCGUGCUGUGCCACACGCUGGGCUGUGGGGAGCCCCUGGAGAGGCCGUCCUUCCACCACACGCUGCCCACCAAGAUGCUCUAUGUGUGCUCGAGCUUGCAGCCCUCGCUGGCGCACUGCCGCUGGACCUACAACAAGUCGGCGCCUUGCCAUCAGUCCCGUGCGGCCGGUGUGGUCUGCAACGGCUCCCAGGGCUUGCAGACACCAGCCCCGACAGUGACGGUGACACCGAGCAGCAUCACGGUGCUCAGCACUGAGGAGGGCUCUGUGGCUGGGGACACGCAGUCCCUCCUGCACGUGCCCCUCUUCAUCCCAUGCCUGGUCCUGGCGGCACUGCUCCUGCUCACCCUGCUGGCCUUCACCAUCGCUCUGCUGAGGCUGAGGAAGAGGAGUGCCCUCACCGUGUGCCCCCCUGGGCCGGUCCUGGUGACCAACAGCACCCAGGGCCCCGACGUGCCCUCUGGGACCUGCAAGAACUACAGGGAGAUGGCCCCCAGCCUCCCCAAGGAACCAGCCCCUUCGCCCGUGACCCUUCCUGCUGCCAAGGGCUCUGACUCCUCUGACUCCGACUACGAACACUACGACUUCAGCAGCAAGCCGCCCGUGGCCCUCUCCACCUUCUACAACUCGCUGCGCAGGCGGCCAGGCGAGCAGCAGCCGGGCGAGCAGCUGCACCCGUUGGUGCCCAACCAGGACGGGAUGGAGCCGUUCCCUGCAGAAGUGCCAGCGACGACGCUGUGUUCCCCACCGUGGGGCAGGGCAAACAGCUUGUCCUCCUCCUCCUCCUCUUCGUCCUCCAUGGAGCCCUACUGCAAUGAGAGCGCACCCCCCCUGCAUGCCUGGCCCUGUCCGCAGCCCCUGGCCUACAGCCCCCCCCAGCAGGCAGCACCCACAGCCCCUGGCUGCACCCUACAGCCGUGCACCGUGCCCCUGGCCAUGCCCUGCCUGCCCGAUCCAGCGCUCGCCCAGCCCCAGGUACAGGUGCCUCCAGCAGCCACCGACCCUGCAGACAGCUCCAGCACCUCCUCGGGGGAGUGGUAUGAGAACGUGCAGGGCACAGAGCCGCCAGGGUACCCAUCCCCACACCACGGCUGGCCGGCUCCAUCCUGCCCCCCGGCGCAGGAUCCCAACUCCUCUGAGAGCAGCGACUACGAUGACAUCCAGAGCUCUGGCUGCUGAGGAUGGGGAUGGGCAGCACUGGGCGGUGGGAAGGGGGCUGCGGGCGCUGUGGAGGACUCGCGACCACGUUGUUUACAUCUCCUUGGGACUUCUCCGUCUGCCUCCUCCGUGUUGAGGCAUGGGCAGAGGCGCAGGGGCUCCCGGGGGGAUGCUCGGUGCAGGCUGUGCCAGGCUACGUGUUUCCAUUAAAAGCUUUUCCCAGCUUG